UUGAAGAUGGCUACCUAUUUUGCAUAUUCUGUGCAGUGUUGUUCAUUUCGGCUCUAUUUCUGUAGAAAAUAAUGAUAUUUUUGCAACAUUUGAUAUCCGAGAUGGAACCUCAUUGUAUUCUAUAAUCAGGAAUGAGUAUCCGGGAAGUGUUUCCUGCAAGGAAACGCCGCUAUUCUUACGCAGAAAAGUCUCAAAAGACUCCACGGUCAGGACGUCGAACGCGUUCAGCUUUUGAUAGGGCAGUCGGCCGCUCCCCUUGGAAUGAUUCCAUGAAUGCCUCAAUAGACGGAGAACCAGAGAUAACUUGGGAUAACAACACUCCAUCACCUAGAAGAUGUACGAGACUUGCAACUAAAAUAAGAAAGCGAGAUGCCAAUGCAACAAAUGUUUCAGAAAUUGUUAGGAGGAUUACAUCCACCAGUAGUGAUGUUACCUGUGCAAAGCCAAGCACUCCAACUCUACUGAAUGUCUGGAUGAAUAAAGAUGAUGAAGGUGGUAGUUCUACCCGUAGAACUACUAGUCUAUCCAGUAUGCAGACCCCUAUCAGGAGAAGGAAUAAAAGAAAAGUUAAUGGGCGACCAAUUGGUGUAAGAUCAUCACAAGUCACUAAAUACAUGAAUAAACUAAUUGAAGAAGCUGAAGCGCAGGAUAUGAUCAAUAAUGAAGAUGACAAUAUUUUUCAGGAAAAACCUAAAGUUGGUAAUGACAAUCAGGAAACAGCUCUUACAAAAAAUGGGGAAGUGAUAUUGGCGAUCGAUAGUGAAGAGGAAGAUGAAGACAGUGAGAAACAAAAGAAUAACAACAAUGAUUCUAUUGAACUGUUUGAGAAAGUAACAACAGAAGUUGUGCACAGUGAAGUGAGUGAAGAUAUCCAACAAGAUGACAGCUGUAAAUAUGAAGGUGGAGGAGAAAAUGCAGAUGUGCAAAGCGCAAAACUUGGAAAGAGAAAGAGUAAUAGCCCCGAUCCAUUAUUGGGUGAUGGUGAUGACCUGUGGGAUGAUGAUGAUCUGUAUUGUGAUGAUUCAUUUCUCAGACAAGCAACACAGAUUGAAAUUCAGUGUUCACAGAUUGCUGACUCCAUACCAGUCAAGAUUGAGGAUUUUAGCAAGAACUCAAAUGUCGUUGCUAGUACUCCUCUCGUGCAUAAAGCUAAAUCGGUUAUUGAUACAGCGAAAAUGGCAACAGGGUCAACUUCUCGAAUUCUUCAAAAGCUGAAAGAGACUGAGAGCAAGCCGGUCAAAACCAGGCAGUUUGGUGGAACAUCUGUCAAAGUCAACCAGUUUGCAGUUAAAAAUAAGCAACAGCUUCCUGUCGCUUCAAAGCCUGCACUGUCAAAUCCACCAAGGCUCGUGCCCAAUACACGGCAACACACUGCCACUAGGGACACUGAAGGUCCCAGCAAUCCCCAGUCGCUCCCAAGAAGACCCUUAAAUAUUGCAGGUGCAGUGAAUAAUUUAUUGACACAAAGUGCACAGACAUCUGUUAACAGUGAUUUAUCUCAGAGGAUGCAUGUUGCAUCAAGUAGUCACAAAGCCAUUCCUACUCUCACCACUACUGCACCCACUACUACUAAAUCUCUUAUUCCUGCCAAGAACUUUACAGUUCCUUCUUCUCAAGUCUGUCGUACUAGCAAUUUAGCAAUACAGUGUGCUUCAAAACAAUUUUCUCGAGCUUUUUCUCCUCAUAAGGCCCACAACGUUGCUAGCACAAAUCCCAGUAAUCCCUCAACCAGGACAACGAGAAAUAACAGUUCCAGUACGCUUGGAAGUACAAAAUCUUAUCCACAUGAAUAUAAUGGGAAAGCAAAUUGUUUUUCUAAAACAAACCAGUUAACCACAACUGCCAGUGGUGUGAACAUGAAUGAUCCAGUCUGUCAUAAAAACCUGAUGAAAACGGCAAACAGUGAAUAUGACAUUAGCCUAACGUCGGAUGAACUGCUGUCACUAAUUGGGCAAGACGACAGUUGGGACAUUGAUGAUACUGUUCUCGGUAAUACAAAUGAAGCAAGUGGUCUGAAAACCAAUCAACCUGAACUGUUGUAUAAUAAAGCUGUUGAUCCUCCAGUCAGUUCUAAGGCAAACACUAAGAUGCAGCAACUCUUUUGCUCAGUGAAAACAAAUACCCAGUCUGGUACAAAACAGAUUGUUCAUGGUGUAACAGGAAGUCAUAGUCAGACUAUGAAUUUGACUGAAAACAAAAUGACUGAAUCUUCAAGAAAGAAUGUCGGCCACUAUACUCUGCCAGUGAAGAACACUGGUAGUCUUUCAUUGAAGGCAAACUCAACAACUGCUUCUAAAUAUAAUGAAGCAUCUAAGUUGGCUGCAAACAGCCAGAAGGCACCAACACGCAUGACUCUACGAAGUAGCAGCGUCACUUUUGGAACUACAAAUAUUCCUACAAUCCCAAAAGACACUCUGAUGAAUAAAACAUCAGGACUGAACACCAAACCACUGGGUGAUUGUAACAAAACAUUGGUUUCACAUGGAAUGGGCAACAAUGCCAGAAAUUCCUCCCGAACGAAUCAAUUCAUGAAUGCUCACUCAGUAAAAUCGUCUGGAAGUAGUGGUACUACCGGUAGUGAAAGCAGUGGUAAACUAUCAAGCAGUCAGGGUGAAAAGACAUGUUCUCAGCGAUACACUCCAGAAGAGAUAGAAAGAAAAAAACUAGAGGCUUUGAAAAGACGUCAAGAAAGACAGCAGUCAUCGCAGGAGAGUAGUGGAAGAUCGUCUCAGUGUAGUAGUAGCAGUACCAGUACCCAAAGUAGAAAGUACAACUUUAAACACAUCAAGAAUGGACCCAAAUGACAAAUAUGUUUGCUAAUUGACUUUGACGACAACCAGGAAUCGUAAAAUCAUGCCUGUCCAUCUCUAUAAAAUUGCAUCUUUGGAAAUUGUCGCUUUAAUACAGAGUGAAAGCAUGUUGCUAAGCUUUCAUUAAACUCAAUUAGAGAUUGCGCUAGCAUUAUGUAAUUGAUAACAAUAUAUUUAAUUACAAAUCAUAGUAUAGUAUGUAACGUGACAGUGUGUAAAUAAGACGUUCAUUUCCAAUAAAAAGCACAGCUGAAGCUGUAGGU